AUGCUUUCUGCAAGAUUACUAUCAGCACGUACUGUGAAACCACUUUUAUCAUCUCAAUGCAUCAUCCGUUCCCUAUCCACUAAAAUCACCAAUGAUCAAAUCCUAAUCUCCAAACAUGUAAGAGAAAUCGACCCAGAAAUGAAUUCCAUCCUAGAACAAGAACGUAACAGACAAAAACAUUCCAUCACUUUAAUCCCCUCUGAAAACUUCACCUCCAAAUCAGUAAUGGACCUUCUAGGUUCUGAAAUGCAAAACAAAUACUCAGAAGGAUACCCAGGAGAACGUUAUUACGGUGGUAACCAAUUUAUCGACAUGGCCGAAUCGCUAUGUCAAAAACGUGCCCUUGAAUUAUACAACUUAAACCCAGAAGAAUGGGGCGUAAACGUCCAAGCCUUAAGUGGUGCUCCAGCUAACUUAUAUACUUAUUCUGCACUAAUGAAUGUCGGAGAUAGGUUAAUGGGGUUGGAUUUACCUCAUGGAGGUCAUUUAUCUCAUGGGUAUCAGUUGGCUUCAGGAACCAAGAUCUCUUAUGUUUCCAAAUACUUCAAUACAAUGCCUUAUAAAGUGGAUGUAGAGACUGGAUUAAUCGAUUAUGAACAAUUGUCAAUGACUUCGAAAUUGUUUAGACCAAAGAUUAUAGUUGCUGGUACAUCUGCUUAUGCGAGAUUGUUGGAUUAUAAGAAGUUUAAAGAAAUUGCUGAUGGAUGUGGCGCAUAUUUGAUGAGUGAUAUGGCUCACAUUUCUGGUCUCGUUGCUGCAAAUGUCAUUGAAUCUCCAUUUAAAUAUUCUGAUAUCGUUACUACUACGACUCAUAAAUCGUUAAGAGGUCCUCGUGGUGCAAUGAUCUUCUUUAGAAAGGGGUUGAGGAAGACAACAAAGAGUGGGAAGGAAAUUCAUUAUGAUUUGGAAAAGAAAAUUAAUUUCUCUGUAUUCCCUGGUCAUCAAGGUGGUCCACAUAAUCACACUAUUUCUGCAUUGGCUGUCGCUUUAAAGCAAGCAAUGACUCCAGAAUUUAAACAAUAUCAACAAAAUAUUGUUAACAAUGCCAAGGUCCUAAGCGAAGAACUAUUGAAACGUGGUUUCAAAUUGGUCUCUGGUGGUACAGAUAAUCAUUUGUUGUUGAUUGAUUUAUCUAGUCUCGGUAUUGAUGGUGCUCGUUUAGAAGCUAUCUUAGAGAAAAUUAAUAUUGCUGCCAAUAAGAAUACUAUACCUGGUGAUAAAUCUGCUUUAUUCCCAUCUGGAUUAAGAAUUGGUACUCCAGCUAUGACAACAAGAGGAUUUGGCCCUGCUGAAUUCACUAAAGUGGCAGAAUAUAUUGACACUGCAGUUAAAUUAGCCAUCGGAUUGAAAUCUCAAGAAUCACCAGAAAAUAAAGAUGUUAGAUCCAAAUUGAAUAACUUCAAACAAUUAUGUGAUGAAGAUGAACAUGUUCAAAAAUUGACAAAGGAAGUUUCUGAAUGGGUUGGUCACUUCCCAGUUCCAGGUGAACUGUCAUAA